ACCAAUAAUGAUAUACACAUUUUGCAAUAAAGAGCGCAUAUAAAAAUAGCAUUAAUAAUUGUAAUAAGUAUGGGUUAAACCCUAUAAAUUUUAGUUUCUGUAAACAAAAUAGGUGAAAACUAGUAAUUAUUAUUAAAAUGUAACUGAAUUAUUACUUGCGCAUUUACGAUAUUGCUGGUACUUGUACUCAAUAUAUGUGCCAUUAAUUAAUAUAUUUUGGAUUGUUAUUAUAUCGAUAGGUAUCUACGUCAUAUCGGCAAAUAUUAUCUUAUCAUAAGGAAUUGUAAAAAAUCGAUAUUAAAAACUGAAUUAUGAGAAGCCAUAAGGUAAAUGAAACAUUUAUUUAGAUACUUUUGUUUUAUAUAAACAUUAGUUCAUUUGAAAGUUACCUAAAAUAGUAGUUAUACAGUACAAGUUAAAGAUUACCAACAUUGUUGUAACAAUUGGUUUUGCCUAAAAAUAUGCCUAAAUUGUGUAAGGCUACGGUGUUUUUGUGAAAACUUAUCAAAACCAUGGCUUUCGAAUUUAUAUUGUUGGCAGCUCUGAUUUUCAUUUUUCUGGUGUCCUUUUGUGGACUGUUGCAAAAAAUUAAACAGACUUAUGACAGAGAAAGACUAAUAGCUGGUCGAUUUUUUGCAGAAAGAAUUGCUCGUAGAAGGGAGCUCCAAAGAUCACAACGCAGCUCUGAUGGAUCAUUCGACUAUCCUGAUUUUGGAUACGAAGGAGGUAUCUUGCCUGGAGGUCCACCACCUUAUACAGAAUAUCACAUAGAACCGCCUCCAAAAUAUGAAGACAUAGUAAAAAUCCAGGUUGGACAACCUCAAGCUGAUAAUGAAAAUACAACAGCAAAUAGGACAGUGGAAAUUUCAGCACCCCCACCGUAUACCAUCACUAUCGCCAGUAGUACCAGUGAAACAUCAACAAAUCGAUAAACAAUUUUUAACUUAAAAUAUUUUUGAAUUAACUAAGUUAUCGUAUAAAAAAUAUAAGUUAAAGACGUGGUUCAAUGAAAAUAACUUUACCUACUAUAUUUAAUUUUUUUGGGAGCAUAUUAAUUUUCAUAUGAUUACCCUUAUACUCUUUUGACUAAUCAUAUUCUAUGUAAAUAAUUAUUUUAAUAUGUCUUUAUUGGUUUUAUAUACCACGUGUCUCAAUUAUUUAUAUACCAGGUGGGCCUUUGUUUCAAUAGAAUAGGUACCUUAAUUGAUUUAACCUGUUAUUAUUAUCUAAUAGAAUACCUAUAAUCUACAUCAAAUUUCCAUUACAGUGAUAUAACACAAUUUACAUUUAAAAAAAUCUUCAGAGUCGAUUAAUAAUAAUUACAAUCAGUACAAAGAGAGAAUUUAAUGACAAAGACAGUAGUUGUCUGUCAUUUUGUUUAUCAUUUUUGUUUAAAAGUUUUUUUUCUAUCAAUUCUUUAGUGGCAUAAGCAAAAUUUGAUAUAAAAAACACAUAGAAGCAAAAAUUAAACAGUUUUUAUAUAUCUAAUCGUUGAUUUUUUUAGUCCAGUUACCAUGUAACUGUCUACACACUAUUAAACGAAACAUUUUUAAAUAAUUUAUCUAAUUAUAAUAUUCACAAAAUAUCCUCGAGUACAAUAUUCCCUUUUAAAAGCAACCGUUUUUUAUUUGAUUUAAAAUAAAUCGAAUUAAUUUGCAAUAUUAAAAGGGAUAACAAUGCAAUCAAUAUGUUAGAAAUUGGGUUAAUUUAUAUUUUAGGUCAUAUUUAAUAUUUACCAUCCCAUACAGUAACGGCUCGUGAAAAUGUUAAAUUCCUAAAAAAUAUCAAUAUUAGAAAAUUCUAGAAACAUAAAUGUGAUAUUGAAAAACAUUACUUUACUGAUUAAACAAUAACUUUAUUUACAGAAAAAUGGUGUAUAUAUGUUAUCUACUAUUAUGCUAUCUACUAAUACCGUAAUAUGAUCGAAAAAAAAAGUUGGCUGAGAAAUGACGAUCGAUUACAUUUCCCAUAUAAAUUUACAUAUAAAAUGACAGCGAUCUUCAUUUCAUAGAUCACAUCAGAGACUUAUACGACAUAACAAAUAACAACAAAAUGAUGGCCUGUGAAUACCAGAAUGUUAAUUAUUUUUAAAUUGAAGGAAGCCUACAACGAAAUAUAACUUUGUUGUUCUAUAAACAGUACAUAUUUGGAAACAUACUGUAUAAAUGAAAGCUUUACCACAGACUUACUUAUUACUAAAGUUAGUUUGUGGCUGUACUUAAAGAGAUUAAAAAUUAUGUUUAAUAAUAAUGAUUUGUUUUCUUGAUUUAAUUUUUUUAUAUGUGAUAAUAUAAUUCAUUAAGUAAUGUAAAAAAAGUAUAUUAAUAUGAUUCAUACAAUUCCUUGUAAUAUUGAUUUCUAAAUUAAUAAAUAAUAUUUGAAUGCUA